AUCAAAAUCUGCACGGGAUUCUGUUGUGCGAGUGAUACUCGUGCAGAGUCUACUCCGCGGCUCCGCGCGGGCGCACGCAGAUGGGCAUCAGCCCCUCCAAGCGCGUGGACGCUGCGCUGCGCCGCGCGCCGUUGUUCGCCGCCGCCUGCGACGCCGCCUUCGACCGGUGCCUCGCCGACGCGCAGCGCCGCUUCCCGGGCGUCCGCCGGUACCAGCUCGCCGACGCCGCCGCACACCUUCACUCGGAGCUCAGCGCGUCCGUCCCGCUGGUCCGGCGCUGGGUGCCCUCGCCGCCGCCCCGCGUCCGAGUCGACGCCGCGCUCCGCGCCGCUGGGCUAGAGGACGAGGCAGAGCUCUCGCGACUCCAGUUCCGGGAGUUUGCCGUCGAGCUGUUCAGGGAGGCCGUGCUGGCCGGAGCUGCGGACCUCCUCCGCGCGCCCGCAGCCGCGGCCGGGAUCGUCGGGAUAGGCAUGGUGGCUCGAGCCGCUCCCCCGGUGGUCGGGAGGAUCGUCGCCGUCUGCGCCGCUAGCGUGGCCACCGCAGUUUACCUCAGCCUGGGCUAGGGUUUCCCCCCCAAAUUCUAGUGAUGAUUAGAGAACCUAUACAAACCACUUCCCACAGCUCUGCUGUGUUACGGUUGAACCUGGAUUCAACGGCAGUUGUUGCAGUAAUGCAUUUUAUGAUCGGAUUGAGCUCAAAUGCCAUUGAAUCAGCUGUGCAAUGUUUCACUGUCAAAUCGCAUUCCUGAAAGAACUAAAGGAUUUGCUGCUGCAUGAGAUAUUUGUAUAGUUUAUAUUUGAUCCAUAAACUUACUACAUUUUACCCUUUUUUCUCUGAAUUGAUUGUGCAAAUGAUGUACAUGUGACGAUAUAACAGAAGAAAGUAGUUCCAACUUGCUU